CCUUCUAGAGAAGCAAACGACACUUCACCACGCAUUUUUAAGAGCUCACUCGACAGGCAAGAGAUUUGAGAUGGAGGAAAACCAUUUAACGAAUGACAUUUAACGACGGCUACUGAGUUUGUCGGGCGCGGGAGGUGUCAAUAAAUAACUCCGUAUAACGGGGCAAUCGACUGCUGCUCAACAGCGGACCUAAAACCCGCGUGCAAUUUCCGCUGGCAUUGUCAACUAGAAGGAUGACCUCAAUACAGCGACAAUUCAAUCACCUUUUCAUGUUUUGGAAGUGGAAGAGGAGAGUGGAUGUUUGUCUUUAUCCUGGUGCUGGAUUUUAUUGCAGGAAAAUCUCCUCCACUGCAGUAGAACCAGAUGUGACUGAAAUCCACAAGAGCAAGCUGUUCCUAUGGUUCAGCCAUCUUCCCCAGGAAGAGAAGCAGUUUGGAGGCUACUUUAGCCCAGAUACAAUGCACGUGGAUCCACUGAUCCUUGAGCGAAAGCCAGAGGAAAAAGCAGGACUCCUCAUCUCUCCACUGAAAAUCCAGGCUUCCUCCAGCCAUUCUGUGACUGUAGAGCAACUUUUUGAAAUGAAUGAAGACCGGCGCGAGGAUCGAGGACUCAAUGUGCUGCUGUAUGGGGCAGUUGGAACAGGUAAAAGCACAAUUGUCCGAAAGCUUGUGCUGGAUUGGUGUGCUGGGACCACGCUGACUGACUUCAAACUGCUGAUUCCCUUUUCCUGUGAGGAUCUUGGCGAGCUAACUAAGGUUGCAUCUUUGAGAGACCUGGUCAGUAGGAAGUACCUCCACUUGAAAGAAAACCCUCUACUUAGUGGGGAGGGAAACCAGGCUAAAGAUGUUCUCUUCUUAUUCAACGGGAUGGAAAAGAUGAAACUUGACUUCCGAAUUGGAUCCACAGAGCUUUGCAGUGACCCAAAUGAGCCGCUGCCCGCUGGUGCAGUGGUGGUCAACCUUCUCCGCAAGUACCUUCUCCCUGAGGCGAGUGUUUUAGUGACUACCAGACUGUCUGCCUUGGAUCGCAUCCCUCCGAAAUAUGUGAGUCACUAUGCACAGAUUUGUGGCUUCAACGACCCAAACCGUCAGCGUGCCUACUUCACCAGCCGCCUCCUACAGCAGAGUGGGGAAAUUGUGCCGGCACGAGACGCUCAGGCUCUUGUAGAGCUACUUUACCUCAACCUCCAGAGGGAAAGCCAGCUGGCCGCAGCCUGCUUCUUGCCUUCUUACUGCUGGCUCACGUGCGCCACUUUGCACUUCCUGCAUUUCACUGACGCCACUGCACCCAUCCGCACGCUGACUGGCAUAUACACAAGCUUCCUCAGGCUCAACUUUGGUGGGGAGGUGCUGGGCAAAGCUACUGCGGCAAGUGGAUCCAGUCAGGAUCUACAAAGUUCUUUGAUGUUGUAUGUUGUCCGCACAGUUGGCAAACUGGCCUAUGAAGGCGUUACUUACAAACGCACCUCAUUCUCAGAGGAGGAGCUGGAGCAGUGGAUCGGAGGAAAGACCAAGACGGAUGAGGAGUUACGUCAACUGGCUGUUUUCAGAACUGAUGUGCUCGACUUUUUUCUGGCUCCCUGUGUUGAAAGCUGCAAGCAUUUACCCACAGACCUCUGUGAGCAUGAUGAGAGGCGUUAUGUAUUUGCUGUUCCAGCCAUGCAGGAGUACCUGGCAGCACUUUACGUGGUUCUAGGGGAGAAUAAAUCAGCGCUGGAGAAGCUGACCAAACAGGUGUCUGUAGCCAUCGGUCAGGCAACUGAAGACGUUAGUGCCAUUGUCAAUAUAUUUUCUAAGUUCAUCCCACUCAGAAUCUUUGCAGUCUUCAACUUACUCAAGCUUUUUCCAAGGCUUUAUGACAAAAUUAGUACUCGAAACAAGGGCAACAUUGCGAGGACAAUGGCUGCUGAGCUCUUCCGCAAGGAAGAUAGCUACAAUGAGGACGUUCUGGAUCAGGUAGAGCAAAGCCUCUUGGGAGUACAUGGUCCACCUUCAAAACAACAGAGUGAGAGUCAGCCUUUUGAACUUUACCCGAUCUUCAUGGGUGGACUCUUGCAUUAUGGCAACCGAGUCCUACUUCAGCAACUUGGGUGCAGCAUCCAGAGUGCCACUGUGGCUCAGAUCACACGAGCUCUUCGGAAAUACCUUGUAAGAGAAAUCAACAAGCCACAACCACCAGAGGAGUUGAUGGAUCUGUUGGUCCUUCUGUACGAGUUUCAAAAUCCCAGACUAACUGCAGAGGUCCUGGCCUCAAUUAGAAGCAUUCGCCUCCACAACAUACGCAUGACCUCACUCAAAUGCUUUGUGUUGAGUUCCGUGCUCUCUUGCGCCCCACCAAGUUAUCAACUGGAAGAGUUGGACCUCUCCUCCUGUCUCCUAACCCGGGACAUGCUUCACACGCUAUCCCCUGCCUUUAGACACACUCGGAACCUCAAUCUGCAGUUUAAUAGCCUUGGCCCAGACUCCUGCAUCUUCCUGAGAGAUCUGCUACUGGACUCCAAAAGUUGUGUUAGAGUGCUACAACUGUGUGAUAACCCACUGCUAGACUCUGGAGCCUGCCUUCUUCUGGAGGCCCUUCCAGAGAACCAGUCCCUGAGGCAUCUAUCCCUGAUGCACACCGGGCUAGGGGACCAAGGGGCCAUCGAGCUGGGUGAAAGACUUCAGCAGCACUCUGGACUCCAGGAGCUCAAUGUUGCCUACAACAACAUCGGUGACAAUGCAGCUCUGGCCCUUGUGGAUGUGUGCAGGGAACAUCCCAGCAUUCACACUGUGCAUUUGUACCUAAACCCUCUGAGUGAUGUUGGGAAGCAGUCCCUGUAUGUCCGAGGUAUUCCCAAGAGCCUGAACGGCAGUGGGCGACGAGUCAGAGUUCUGGCCGCUGUCACUGAGGGUUCUGACCUGUCAGAGGACUGGCACCCCAUUCUCAGUGUGAUUCGUGAGAAUGCGUCUUCCUGGGACAGGGACCGAGUGAAGCAGCAGCUUAAGGUGUUCCUAAGAGAUCUGGAAUGGGGACGUCAACAGCAGCAGAGCCUCUGGAAAAAGCUUCACUUCCGAAGGGUGGAGAAAGGCAUCCGUCACACGCUACACAUGCUGGAGAAAGACACAGCACCUCCAUCUGCAUGAGUCAAUAACUGGAAUUCUCUCAAUAAUACUAGUUCUUAACAUUCAUUAUUCAUUUUGAAAGCCACCACUCGGUGUGGUCCUCCACAUGGGUGUUCGUGUCAUUACACAAACACCCAUUUAGAGGAAAAACAAUUAGCAGACAUUCUCUGUAUAUCACAGCCGAGGGUUGCCUCUUCAUAAAAUGAACAUAUUUCAUAAGAUGAGCAAUAUGUCUAAAAGAAAUACAUCACAGGAAAAACAAUCAAAGGAAAAAUAUUUCUGAAAAUCCCAACUCUUAUACUUAAAGUAUAUUUUAGUAGGCGUUUUUGCCUUUUUCUCAAGAGUAAUUUAACAUGCAUGAACACAUGCACAGGUUGAGAUUUGAAGUGGAUUUAAUAAAUGAUUUGCAUUUCAUCCAUCCAUCCAUCCAUCCAUCUUCUUCCGCUUAUCGGUCGCGGGGGCAGCAGCUUCAGGAGGGACUCCCAGACUUCACAGGGACCGAACCGCCCUUAUCAGUUGGCUCGGUACCCCGUACUCCCGAAGCACCCCCCAAAGAACCUCCCGAGGGACACGGUCGAACGCCUUCUCCAAGUCCACAAAACACACGUGGACUGGUUGGGCGAACUCCCAUGCACCCUCGAGGAUCCUGCUGAGGGUGAAGAGCUGGUCCACUGUUCCACGGCCAGGACGAAAGCCACACUGUUCCUCCUGAAUCCGAGGUUGGACCUCCCGACGGACCAUCUUCUCCAGCACCCCUGAAUAGACCUUACCAGGGAGGCUGUGGAGUGUAAUUCGCCUGUAAUUGGAACACACCCUCCGGUCCCCCUUCUUAACCGAGGGGAACCACCACCCCAGUCUGCCAAUCCAGAGGCACUGUCCCCGAUGUCCACGCGAUGUUGUAGAGACGUGUCAGCCAUGACAGCCCCACAACAUCCAGAGCCCUUAAGAAAUCCUGGCGGAUCCCAUCCAGCCUUGCCACCGAGGAGUUUUUUAACUACCUCAGUGACUUCGACCCCAGAGAUUGGAGAGUCCGCCUCAGAGUCCCCAGGCCCUGCUUUCACAAUGGAAGGUGGAAUUGAGGAGGUCUUCGAAGUAUUCUCCCCACCGACACACGACGUCCCGAGUCGAGGUCAGCAGCACGCCAGCUCCACUGUAAACAGUGUUGACGUUGCACUGCUUCCCCCUCCUGAGACGCCGGAUGGUGGACCAGAAUUUCCUCGAAGCCGUCCGGAAGUCAUUCUCCAUGGCCUCGCCAAACUCCUCCCACGUCCGGGUUUUUGCCUCAGCAACCGCCGAAGCCGCGUUCCGCUUGGUACCUGUCAGCUGCCUCCGGAGUCCUGCAGGCCAAAACGGCCCGAUAGGACUUCUUCUUCAGCUUGUCGGCAUCCCUUACCGCCGGUGUCCACCAGCGGGUUCGGGGAUUGCCGCCACGACAGGCACCAAUGACCUUACGACCACAGCUCCGGUUGGCCGCCUCAACAAUGGAGGCGCGGAACAAGGUCCACUCGGACUCAAUGUCCACUCGGACUCAAUGUCCCCCGCCUCCCCCGGGACGUGGGAAAAGCUCUGCCGGAGGUGGGAGUUGAAGCUCUUCCUGACAGGGGAUUCCGCCAGUGUUCCCAGCAGACGUUCCCAGCAGACGUUCCCAGCAGACCCUCACAGAGCGUUUGGGUCUGCCAGGUCGGACCGGCAUCUUCCCCCACCAUCUGAGCCAACCCACCACCAGGUGGUGAUCAGUUGACAGCUCCGCCCCUCUCUUCGCCCGAGUGUCCAAAACAUGCGGCCGGAAAUCCGAUGACACGACUACAAAGUCGAUCAUCGAACUGCGGCCUAGGGUGUCCUGGUGCCAAGUGCACACAUGGACACCCUUAUGUUUGAACAUGGUGUUCAUUAUAGAAAAUCCGUGUCGAGCACAGAAGUCCAACAAUAGAACACCGCUCGGGUUCAGAUCGCGGGGGCCGUUCCUCCCAAUCACGCCCUUCCAGGUCUCACUGUCAUUGCCCACGUGAGCAUUGAAGUCACCCAGUAGAACGAUGGAGUCCCCAGAAGGAGCGCUCUCCAGCACUUCCUCCAGGGACUCCAAGAAGGGUGGGUACUCUGAGCUGCCGUUUGGUGCAUAGACACAAACAACAGUCAGGCCUGGCUCCAGAGGGGGGCCCCGGUGACCCGCGUCCGGGCGAGGGAAAACGAGAUCCAUAUAUUUUGUUCGUCAUAAGGGGCUCGUGUGAGCCGUGCUUUGUCUGGCCCCUCACCUAGGACCCGUUUGCCAUGGGUGACCCUACCAGGGGCAUGAAGCCCCAGACAACAUCCUAGGAUCAUAGGGGCACAUCAACCCCUCCACCACGAUAAGGUGACGACUCACGGAUUUGCAUUUCAUUCUUUAUAAAAGAUAAAAAAUACUGGAUAGAAUAAGCAGCUCAAAGCUGGCUAAUAGUUUAGCACUUUUGUCGGGUGACGCGCGUUCGUACAGUCUAUCAGUAAGAAUGUGAUUAAUGCGCGUGACAGCUGCAGGGAGUCUGCUGUGCGUUGGAAAAGAAAUGAAACGUUUGGCAACAGGAAAAAAAAUAAAUUCGAUGGUAUGAUGCAGUGUUAAUUACAGAGCAGGGUAGCACAUCGAAACAAAAAAACAAAGCUACGUUUUUACUUUUACAAGCAUGUGGAUUUAGAAAGUAACAUGAUGUUACAUGUACCGUUUUUUUCCGUGUAUAGUGCGCAAAAUUUAACUAAUUUAUUGUCCUAAAAUCUGGGGUGCGCAUUAUACAUGGGUACAAAUCUUUUUUUAAUUUUUUUAAAAAUUUUUUUUUUUUUUUUUUUUUUAAGUCCCAAUGAUCGUCACACACGCAGGGAGGCAAUGGGUCCCAUUUUUAUAGUCUUUGGUAUGGUCUUAACUAGGCUGGAUGUAAUUUUUUUUGUUGGCUGUUCACUUCAAACACGCUCCAUGCGACCGCAAUGCUCUCGUAUCAGACAAGGCUUGCUCGAUCACCUGCUCGUUUGCUGUCUCACAAUGUACCCUACACAAAUCCGAAACAUUUGUUGCGGCUCCGAGUCACGACGAGGGGCAAGUUUUGGUUUCCAAGGGUGUUUUUAUUCCUCUUCAACGUCUCUCCCAUACAGAGCCGCCUCUUUCCCGUGCGCGGUGGUGCGUUUACGGGCAGUCGGAGAAAUCAACGCCAACAAAAAAAAUUACAUCCAGCCUAGUUAAGACCAUACCAAAGACUAUAAAAAUGGGACCCAUUGCCUCCCUGCGUGUGUGACGAUCAUUGGGACUUAAAAAAAAAAAAAAAAAAAUUUAAAAAAAUUCAUAAAAAUUGGGUGCGUAUUAUACAUGGGUACAAGCUUUUUUCCAGCAUCAGCAUGCCAUUUUUAGGGGUGCGUACUAUACAUGGGGGCGCACUAUACACGGAAAAAAACGGUAAGCUAAUGUUAGGCUAUUGCCAUGAUAUCGUUAAAGAACAAAUCUUCAAUGAUAUAUACAUACACACACACACACACACACACACACACACACACAGUGGAGCCUCAGUUUUUGAACGUCCCGAUUCUCGAACAAAUCGGUAUUCGAACAAAAAAUUCGAGAAUUUUUUGCUUCGGAUGUCGGACGAAAUUCGGUUGUCGAACCUCGCGAGAUGAGCCGAGAGGACCCACAUGCCAACUGACUCCUUUCAUUAUUACGUUCUCUUUACUCUGAGGAUUGCAUCAACUCUAAUCAUGCCUCCAAAGGAAGCAAGUGGGAGCAGUAAAGCCAUCCGAAAGCAAUGCGACACUGAGCGCCGGGCGCGCUGCGGUCCACUUAAAUUUUGGAAAGUACAUUAGGACUUUAAAAAUGUUUUCUAAAUUUUAGCGACCGCUUUGUCACAAUAUGCAACUGCGAUGUAGUUGCGCGGUCGGCGCCGCGCUACCGUUACCCGUUCGGCGGUGCGCUGCAGUUGCGCGAUUGGACAAAAAUGUGCGAAUGAAAAAAUGCUUAAAAAAGGCGUUUUUGUCUUUUUUUUGGCUUGGCACGGAUUCUUUUUUUUUUCCAUUAUAUGUAAUAGAAAAAUAUGAUUCGGAAUUCGAACCACUCCUCAAACAGCCUUCUGGAACGGAUUGUGUUCGAAAUCCGAGGCUCCACUGUGUGUGUGUACACAUAUACAUAUAUAUAUAU